GUUCACGUCAAACUGGCGCGCACAAGCUUUUAAAGAGAUAAAUAAAAUUCAGAUGAUUUAACAUAAACAUAAACGUAAACAACAAGGAUGUCCGAAUUUCUGCGAGCAGUCAGAAACAACAUACCAGAAAAGGACAAAUCCGAACUAACGGAGAAUGACCUUAAAAAAUGGGGACUUGGAGCUAUUCAUCUGAGGCCUUAUCAGCUGGAUGGAGUGAAGUGGCUGUCACUGUGUAUGAAGAACCAGCAGGGCUGCAUCCUCGGUGAUGAGAUGGGUCUGGGCAAGACCUGUCAGACCAUCUCUUUGCUGGCGUACGCUCGAGGAAGCCUUAAGAUGAACGGGCCAUUCCUUGUGCUUUGUCCCUUAGCUGUUUUGGAGAACUGGAGGCAAGAGUUGGAAUGUUUCUGUCCCAGUCUGUCUGUGAUCUGUUACACUGGGGAUAAAGAGAGAAGGGCAGAGCUCCAGCAAAACCUCAAGAGUGACCCACGGUUUCAUGUUCUUCUCACCACCUAUGAGAUGUGCCUUAAGGAUGCCCGCUACCUAAAAAGCUGGAAAUGGAAGAUUUUAGUUGUGGAUGAGGCUCACCGCCUCAAGAACCAGGAGUCGUUGCUUCACCAAACUCUCAAAGAGUUUACAGUGGGAUUUCGAGUGCUGUUGACAGGCACCCCCAUUCAGAAUAACUUACAAGAAGUCUAUUCCCUCCUCACCUUCAUCCAGCCCAGUGUGUUUCUCCCUGAAGCUGUUGAGGACUUUGUCAAUGCCUACGCAGACAUACAGACUGAACCUGCUCUUGUCGAUGAGCUUCAUCAAGUGCUCCAGCCGUUUUUGCUGCGCAGGGUUAAGGCAGAAGUGGCGGCCGAACUGCCCAAGAAGACAGAGCUCGUGGUUUUUCAUGGGCUGUCUGCUCUUCAGAAGAGAUACUAUAAAGCCAUUCUGAUGAGAGACCUUGAUGCCUUUAGGUCCGAUCAAAGCACUAAGACCCGACUUCUGAAUGUUUUAAUGCAGCUCAGGAAAUGUGUGGACCAUCCCUACUUGUUUGAUGGAGUGGAGCCAGAGCCAUUUGAGAUGGGGGAGCAUUUAGUGGAGGCCAGUGGAAAGCUUUCUCUGUUGGACAGCAUGCUGGCGUAUCUUCAGGAGGGAGGCCACCAUGUUCUUCUGUUCUCUCAGAUGACCAGGAUGUUGGAUAUUCUGCAAGAUUACUUGGAGUACAGAGGUUACAGUUAUGAGCGUCUGGAUGGUUCAGUCCGUGGAGAGGAGCGUAACCUUGCUAUCAAAAACUUCAGCACCAAAGAUGUUUUUAUUUUCCUCCUCAGCACCAAAGCUGGAGGGGUCGGCAUGAACCUCACUGCAGCAGACACUGUGAUAUUUGUGGACGGUGAUUUCAACCCACAGAAUGACCUCCAAGCAGCAGCCAGAGCCCACCGGAUUGGUCAAACAAGGCCUGUUAAAGUGAUCCGACUCCUUGGUAGAGAUACCAUAGAAGAGAUCAUCUAUUCCCGCGCUGUGUCUAAACUGCGUCUCACAGACACCGUGAUCGAGGAAGGACGGUUUUCUCUUCUGGACCAGGCUCAAUCUGCAGCUUCUGGCCUUCAGUUAUCCGAGAUCCUAAAGUUCGGUGUUGAUAAGCUGCUGUCAUCAGAGGAGAGCUCCAUUCAAGAUGUGGACCUCCAGCUGAUCUUGGGUCAGUCUCGAGAUGGGCAGUGGCUGACAGAUGAAGAGCACGCCAAGCUUAAUGAGAGCAAUGAAGAGGAAGAUGAGGACAUGGAGGGUCAAAACCACAUGUAUUACUUUGAGGGGAAAGACUACUCUAAAGAUCCCAGCGCAGAUGAUGAGAAGGCCUUUGAACUGUUACUUGAGAAGCAGAUUGCUGAGAUGGAGGAUGCUGAGAAGGAAGGCCGGGCACUUCGCAACAAAGCUGGGGUGUUCCUAUCUGGUCCCUUGAUCAACCCAGCAAGAAAGAAGAGACCUCUAACCGAAUCAGAGUUAGAAGAAAGACGUCAGAAGAGACAAGCAGCUGCUGCAAAGAGGGCGAAGCUACAGGAAGAAAGGAAGAAGCAACUGGAAGAGCUAAAUUACAAGAAAAAGAUGGCAUGGUGGGACUCAUGUGGCUACAGAUCACUGUGUUUGCCACGUGUCGACAGCGAGGGUGAAGAUAUGGAGCCUGAUGAAGAUGAUCAUGUCAGCUUUAGCUCCACCGAUUCAGAUCACACAGCCAUUCGAUAUGUGCUGGGUGAUGUAACUCAUCCUCAAGCCGAUCGAGAGGAUGCCAUCAUUGUGCAUUGUGUUGAUGACUCUGGACACUGGGGCCGAGGAGGAUUAUUUACUGCACUGGAGCUCAGAUCAGACGAGCCGAGGAAGCAGUACGAGUUGGCUGGCGACAUGAAAGACCUAGAGCUGGGAAGUGUUCUGCUUUUUCCUAUUGAUGACAAACAGUCGAGGCUCUGUGGAAGAGAUUACCUGGCACUCAUAGUUGCCCAGCAGAGGGAUAAAGCCAACAAGUUGUCAGGCAUUCGGCUCACUGCCUUGGAUGAAGGCCUCAAGAAGAUCUACAGAGCUGCCAAACAAAAGAAGGCAAGUGUCCAUCUGCCUAGGAUUGGUCAUUCCACUAAAGGCUUCAACUGGUACGGUACAGAGAGACUCAUUCGCAAGCACCUGGCCACCAGAGGAAUCUACACAUCUAUUUACUACUACAGACGAGGAUCUUCACAAACUACAGUGUCUUCCACUGCUAGCACCACCACUCCAUCAAGCUCAAAGCCUGCAGCAUCCUCACCAUCUGAGUCCCCGCACUCCUCCAGUCCUCCGGCUAACCGAGAAGGUCUUUCAAAGUCAGCAGAACUCUCCACUACAUCACAUGAAGGUCCGGGUGCUCCAGGGUUGGCUGACUUCAUGAGAGGCGUUCAUGUCUACUUUUAUAACAUGGCUGCUACCGAGAAGAAGCAACUAACCCGCUAUCUUAUCACAUAUGAUGGUGAUGAAGAGGAUCUCAUGAGCUCACAUGUCACUCAUAUUGUCGGAGAGAUAGAAAGUCCAGUCCAUGAACAGGAGCUCCAAGAUCUAUUGCAUCAGUACCCUCAGGCCCUCCUUGUAAAGAAAAACUGGCUGGAGUCUUGCUUUGCCAGCCAACGGAAAGUCAGUGUGUCUAAAUAUGUAAUUAGGUUGACUUGACAAAGCUCCUGCUGCAUUUCUUCAAAGAGACUGAUCACAUCAGAUCGCCUUGGGUUAAUUCACAAUCGCAUCUAGUGUCUGUUUGGGGUUUGAAAUGAACUGAUCUGUUCUUGUACAUCCAGUUAUGGUGAAAUAGCAUCAAGAGGUUUGUCGUAGUAGUAAUCAAACAAUGAAGCAAUGCUCUCUUUUUAAUGAGAAACAACAACACUGUAGAGACUUUGCAGUAAACUCUGAUGCAUAUACUCUCGUCAUACACUUUUCUGUUUGUGUAGUGAGUGACUGUAAAAUGCGUACAUGAUUUCACAUAAUAACCAGGUCUUGGUUAUUGGUUGACUGCAUUAUUUUAAUAGUCAGUUCACUGUAUUUUUAUUGUUAAAAUAAAAGUGUAAAUUGUCUAAUGCACUAUAAAAACACUAAAUAUAUAAUUGAUCGAAUGUGUUAAAUUGGGACCGGGAAAAAAACAGAAAUACAACAAAUCUACCAUGCAUAGUUUUAAAAAGACAACCCUACUGAAAAAAAAAAACAGCCUAAACCAGCCUAUACUGGUCAGGCUGGUUUUACCUGUUCACCCAAGCUGGUUUGUUAGGCUGAUUUUAGAGGGGUUUUGGCCACUUUUUAGCUGGUCUUAGUUGGUCAAACUACUUUUAGCUUGUCAGGCUGGUCUUAGCUGGUCAGACUGGCAGGUCUUAGGUGGUUUUAGCUGGUCAGGCUGGCUGGUUAUGACUGGUCUUAGCUGGACAGGCUGGCUGGUCUUAGACUGGGAGACUAGCUAAAACCAACUUGGCCAGGCUGAGAGAUCAGAUAAAACCAGCUUGACUAGGCUGAGAGAUCAGAUAAAACAAGCUUGACCAGGCUGGGAGAUCAGCUAAAACUAGCUUGGCCAGGCUGGGAGACCAGCUAAAACCAGCUACUUCCAGCUCAAACCAGUUAAGACCAGCCAACCAAUAUAGGCUGGUUUUUUCGCCCUUUUUUGUCAGCAGGGUAAUCAAACAUAUUGAGUAAAAGCUGUUAAUUCAGUGUCAGAUCUCGGAUGUUGGUUUUACUUAGAAAAAGCAUAGCUCUGCAAACCAAACCACAGAUGUCUAUGAUAAUGCAUGUCUCUUUCUGGAAGUUUUAUUGCAGGUUUUUUUUUUAUUAUAAUAAAAAUGAAACCAAAUAAA